AUGCGAAUCAAAGCUCAAAUGAAUGAAGUGAAAAUUCUGUCAAGCUCGCAGCCGAGAUUCCAGUGCCCACCGGACGGGUUGCCGUGUGUGAGGGACUGGAUCACGCUUUUUGAAAGCAUGGUCUGCACGGGCAUCGACUUGGCCCGUGAGCCUCUCUCUGUCAGCAUGGACUUGGCGGACGGCGGCAAGCUUCGACCGGCGACGGUCGACAUCUACAAGGGCUUUACAAAAGCCAGUGUCAUUGCGUUCUGUUUGUGCGUUUUGACAGACUUGGAUGUCGAAGAGCAGUGGCCUUUGAUCGAACCCUUCACGACGUUCUUGGACCGUGUUUCGCUCAGUCUGUCGGCCGUGGACCAGUCCUUCUCCAACCUUGCUUUGAGCUACAGAGGGGCGGAGAGGCAGGCCCCUUCGAUCAUAUCCUUGGCCCUGCGCUUCAACGACGUGCUCAAAACAAAGUCCAAGCAGGCCUGCUUUCCUGCGGGGUCGAACGUCGAGAAAAGAAUCGAGGCCAUCGUCGAAGAGUUCAACGGCAGCAGCCUUAUGACGGCGAGGUUUGCUGUGGACUCAGAGAAGAUCAAAGCGAUUUCCAACAUUAUCGUGGGAACGUGCGAGGAGACCCUGGCGCUGAUGCAGUCUCACUUGCACACGACGAAAUGGAAGGAUUCGGCAUUCAGCCACAACUUGUUGAAGUCGAACAGAUGGCUGAUUGGCGCCUCCCGGCGAGUUGAUCACAACUACAUGCGCAGCCUGCUGGUGGUGACGGCACCGAUCCAGGAGUUCUUCGUGCGCAACCACAUCCUCGCUUUCUUGAAAGCAGGCAGGCGACUCCGGAGUAGCGCCCGAGCGAAAUGCCGGCCGAGCGUGGAGCAGUUCGAGCAAGCCAUGGACUAUUGCUGCGUGAUGUACCACUUGGUGGAGGAGGCCACCAAGCAGUUUCCCAAGAAGGACAUGCGUGCCCUGAUGCAGGCUGUGGACAACAGGCUCGUCCCAUCGUUCACCUUGCAAGUGCUCAGUCAAUCAGCUCUCUGCUUGCGUUUCGGACUCCCGGUGUCAGGGAGUUUUACGACGAAGUCAUACUGGCUGUGGACACCCAGCUUCCCAAUUGGAAGCUCGCCCACCUGA